CUGUUUGCUAUAAAGAUACUGCAGAAUCAUUUGAGAGAGAGAGAGAGAGAGAGAGAGAGAUGGCAGGGAGCUAUUGGUACAAGGAUGUUCUUCCAUUUUCAGCCAUGGUUGCAGUAGAAUGCACUAAUGUGGGCUUAAACACCUUAUUCAAAGCAGCAAAUUUGAAAGGGUUGAGUUACUAUGUCUUUAUUCUCUACUCCUAUGCCAUAGCUACUCUCCUUCUCCUCCCCUUGGCCUUCAUAUUUCGCCGACCAGGGCUUCCUACGUUCAAGUUGUCUCUCCUCUAUAGGAUUUUUCUACUUGGAGUUCUUGGGUUUUCAGCUCAAUUAUGUGGCUAUAAAGGCAUAGAAUAUAGUUCACCGACUCUAGCUUCAGCUAUGGGCAAUCUCACACCGGCUUUUACUUUCAUAUUUGCUGUCAUUUUCAGGAUGGAAAAUCUAGCUUUGAGAAGCUCAAUCACUCAGGCUAAAAUCGUGGGCACAAUAGUAUCAAUCUCAGGUGCAUUGAUAGUAGUUUUCUACAAGGGCCCAACAAUCAUAUCAGCUGCAUCCCAAUCACUAUCUCUUUCAUUUCAUUUUUCAUUGGGCUCAUCACAAACCGAUUGGAUCAUAGGUGGAAUUUUACUUGCUGCUGAGUACCUUUUGAUUUCAAUUUGGUACAUUGUUCAGACCCAGGUUAUGAAAAUAUAUCCAUCAGAGCUAACUGUGGUCUUCUUAUACAAAUUGUGUGCCACAAUUAUAUCUGCACCAGUGUGUUUAAUAGCAGAAGGAAACUUUAGUGAUUGGAGACUAAGGCCUGAUAUAGCACUGGUGUCCAUUAUAUUCACGGGCCUCUUUGGUUUACCCUUCACCACAGUUGUUCGCACAUGGGGCUUGCACUUGAAGGGGCCUGUGUAUGUAUCAAUCUUCAAGCCAUUGUCAAUAGCCAUUGCAGCUGCUAUGGGUGUCAUUUUCCUUGGUGAUGCUCUAUGUCUUGGGAGCAUUAUUGGAGCAAUUAUAAUAUCAGUUGGGUUUUAUGCUGUCGUAUGGGCAAAAGCUAAAGAAGAAUUGAGUGAGGACCAUUGCAAUGGUAUUUUGGGAUCUUCAUCUGAUGGUAAGACCCCUUUGUUGCAUAGUUACAAAGCUGCAGGAAUAUAGAAUAUAUGUAUGCAGAUGAAUGCAAGCUGAUCAAAGAUUGAAGAGUUUUAGAGGAAAAAAAAUAUUAGGGCAAUCACCACAUUCUAUAUUGUGACCACUGUAAUUGUUACUUUUAAUUUUACUUUACGUUAGUGAGACCUUUUUGGAUAUAGUCCAUUUCUCACAAAUGUAUUUAAUGCUACAUUAAUUCUUAAGAGGAAA